AUGUCCGACGACGACGACAUAGCGCCUAUCACCGCCCGUUCCAGACGCACGAUCAUACCUUCUUCUCGCCUCGUUGAUUCAAACAACAGCGCGACUCCAGAACUCACCAGUCACAAACAUAUUCAACAAACAGUCCAGCCAGCAAAGACAUGUCCCAAGCGCAGUGCAAUGGAUGCUGACUGGAGUCUGAGUUCUUCAGAUGUCGAAGAUUUAGAUAGCAACAGCAAGCAAAUGAAAGGUAAACGCCUUCGACGAUCAGGCGAGUCAUCAUUCGCAGAUGACACACAUUCUAUCGUGUCAUUAGAUUCCCGCAUAGAAGGUCUUAAUGAUACGUCUGAUGGCCUCGAUGCUACAAACACAAUUGAUGGUAACAUCACGCCUGUUGACGACGUCGAUCUUUUGCAAGAUGUCAAUGUCCAGGAUAUUUCUGAAGCCACCACAGUUCGUCGAGAGGACAAGAGCCGUGACGUUGGCGCGUUUUUUGGUAAAUCCUAUACUCACAAGUCCAAGGAUGGCAAGACUCGCAACGUGUGA